AUCGAAUUUGCACCUUCACACACUUUCUCGAGACUGCCUUACUCUCCUCACCGAGCGUUCCUGAACCUGCCACAGCCACAAUUCGCCUAUAUCCAUGGCACUUCACUUCAGCUCACCCAUCCCACACAACUCGCACUUCCACAUGUUCCUCCCUCUCACCCCAGCCAUGGAGCCUGUCCCAGCUAUAGGCUUUCCGCUCUUCGCGGACUCGCUACACGCAAGCAAGCGCCUUCGAUCCUUCUCAUCUUCCCCCGUCGCCGUCCCUCCAGCAACUCUCCUCGACACGACCCUGAGCUUAUCCUCCUCUAAUCCCAUCGCCACCCCGCCGCCGUGCCGGCCGUGCCACGGCGCAACAUUGGAACAGUGCUCCCCUGCGCCUUGCGCGCCGUGCGACGGCAACACCAAUGCUGCGCUCCCCUUCCUCGCGAUGCUCCGCCGGUUCAAGCCGCAAGGAGCCCACAUGAUUCCGCAUAUCUCGCACAUGAUCAGCGCCAGCCCGCUCCAGCGGACCAAUCAGCCGCUCGCCACGGUUCAUGCAGCAACUCCCGCGCGCAGUUCCCGCCGCGCGCUGUCCGCUCCCGCCUGUGGAAGCCCUCCGCCGCGCCGUGAAACGCUCGCACGCCGCAGCCGGCCUCGACGAGGAGGUUACCAGCCGCCCUCGGGCCGCACUCCCCUCAAAUCUCCCCUCGCAUUUGCCGUCAAAUGCGCUCGCAGCCGGUGCCGCGGCUUCGGGACUCCCGGCAGUGCUUCCGUCCGACGCUGACGUGGCGGAGCGGCUCGUGAAGUACGACAGGCUGACGUCAUCUCUCCGUGGCUCCCUACCGCCCGCGAAUCUCGCGCAGUGGGACAAGGCGGUGGGCAAGCUUAGAGACCGAGUCGCGAUGAAGGAGGAGUUUGGAAACGACGUGAACGGGUUUCUGCUGUUCCUCCACGCGCAGCUCGGCGCGCAGCAGCCGUCGGCGCGCAAGGCGCUUCAGCUGUUCGCGGCAUUCAAGCAGGCGCAGAGGCAGAAGCAGAAUGCGGGAGCCGCCGCGAUGGGAACCGAAGUGUCGGCGGCGGAUUCGCAGCGUGUCUCUGUAAAGGUUCAAGCUCCUUUUCGCGACUACGUGUCGUCAGACGACGACACGACUUCCGUGUGCAGCAACCACCCCGAACCUGCGGAACUGAUAGAGGCUCGGGCCGAGCCUCAGGCUGGCUCGACACUCCCCGCCUGAACUCAUCUGGUCCCGUGCCUUCUGCUAGCGGGUUUCAAGGGGAGGUGUGUCGCAGCAGCGGAAUGUCGAGCAGCUGAGGUUGGGUCAGCCGGGUGCUGCCCUCGGGAUUGACGCCACGUGUCCUGCUGUUGCGAAGAAGAU